AUGCCCCGGAUAUCCUCGAUGAGACCUGCCCUUUCUACAGCCCUUUCCUCUCUACCCAGCGUAUCCUCCCUCGCGUCAUGGCGCACCCUCGCCCUCGUCUUCGCGCUUCUGAAUCUCAAAGCGCUACCGCUCGCAUGGCACGUCCGGCUCUUCUACCGCAUGUUCGAGAACUGGUACUCUCGUGACCGUGUUCGGCGCUCUUUUCAGUCGCGGCUCACCUCAAGAUCUACACAUCCCCUCUUCGAGCCAGUCUCCAUAAAGUCGCAUUCGCCGCUCCUCGAAAUCGACUAUAAUCUCCACAAGUCCAACAGCACAUACUUUGCCGACCUGGACGAGUCGCGGACUGCAUUAGUCACGAAACUCCUCAUCCCGGGUCUAAAACAGGGAAACAUCAACCUUGAAAAGGAAGGGCACCGGGGUCCACUGAAUGUGAUCUUAGGGAGCGUCCACACCAGUUUCCACCGCGAGAUCAAGCCGUAUGAAAGUUAUGAAGUGAAAAGUAAGAUCCUGGGUUGGGACAAGAAAUGGAUAAUAAUUGGAAAUUGGUUCGUCCGGCCCGGCAGGAGGGGGAAGCCAGAGACAUUAUUGGCGAGCGCCUUGAGUAAAUACGUGGUCAAGAAGGGAAAAUUUACGGUGGCCCCGGAGAGGUGUUUCACGACCUCAGGAUGGUUACCGGCACGGCCGUCUUCAACGGGCAUAUCUUCAGAGGAGCCAUCGAUUGCUCCUACGCCCCAGGAAGGUUUGGUUUCGACCAUUCCAACUUCCCUGGCUCCCACGACGGACGGACUCGUGGAGGAGCUGGAGAGCGCAGCAGGAGAAGAGCCCGCUUCGGGAGCAACUGCGCCCGGUACAAUGGACGGUGACUGGGACUGGUAUCGUAUCGAGAAGGAGCGGCUCCGAGGACUGCAGAUGGCAGAGAACUGGCUGGACUUGGACAAGCAAUUGAUGGAGGAGUUUGCGAAAGCAUAG